AUGAAGGUCCAUGACGCAGCCAAGACCAGGAUUGUGACGGUGACCUUGUCGGCAGGAGAUGUCAGCACCACGUUGCUGAAAGGGUCCAGCUUCAAUGUGUCGUGGCACCUUGCCUAUCCGCAUCAGGGCGGCUUCCGGCUGGAGCUGAUGGACGCGCAGGAGCGGCCGCUGGCGGACCUCACGCCCGUCACAGCCGACUCCAAGUUCCUGGCCGAUGACACGACAGCCCAGUCCUUUAAAAUCAGCCUGCCCAAGGACCUCGAAUGCAAGGGCUGCACCGUGCGGCUGAUCCGCGAGGCCAGGGAGUGGGGAAAGUCCUACAAGUUUUGGUCCUGCGCCGAUGUGGACAUUGUGCCCCGCAAUGACUACCGCGAGACCUGCAGCGACCGCGGGAAGUACAUCGUGUCUCGCUGCCACUGCAACAAGCGCUUCUUCGGCAAUCGGUGCCAGUUCGAGAACGAGUGCGAGGAUGACGACGACUGCGGUUUCUACGGCAAGUGCAUUGACAUCGGCGCCACUUCGUUCCCCAAGAAGCAGUGCUAUUGUCAGCAGGGGCGAUUCGGACCCAAGUGCUCGAAAGCUUCUCUGGUCACCAACCGAGGUCAGAUCAACUUGGGAACCUACAACAAAAGGGAACUUAGUGAUAAGUUGUCCCUGCACUGGAAGGUCCUGCGAACAGAGCAAGAAAUUGAGAUCGUGCUCGUCAACAAAGGCACCUCGUACGUCGCUGUGGGCUGGAGGCCACAGGAUGCGACCAAGACGUGCAAGCAGUUCCCUUACAUCCACGGGACUGUGAAGGAAGGUGCCUCAGGAGCCCAGGCAGAACCAGAGCCAGAGGCGGAAGCUGAACCAGAGGCAGAGGCUGAACCCGAGGCGGAGGCUGAACCCGAGGCCGAGGCUGAGCCGGAGGCCGAGGCUGAACCCGAGGCCGAGGCUGAGCCCGAGGCCGAAGCUGAACCCGAGGCCGAGGCUGAACCUGAGGCCGAGGCUGAACCUGAGGCCGAAGCUGAACCUGAGGCCGAAGCAGAACCAGAGGCGGAAGCUGAACCAGAACCUAAAACAAAGUCUAAAUCUGAGGCUCAGGCAGAACCUGAGCCAGAGGCUGAGGCAGAACCAGAAGCUGAAGCUGAGCCAGAGGCUCAUGCAGAACCAGAAGCUGAAGCUGAGCCAGAGGCUCAUGCAGAACCAGAAGCUGAAGCUGAGCCAGAGGCUCAUGCAGAACCAGAGGCGGAGGCUGAACCAGAGGCUGAACCAGAAGCUGAGGCUGAGCCAGAGCCAGACACGAAAGAAGCAGAGACCACGAAGAAGCCCACACUCAGUUUGGCUGGUGAUGUUAUCCAAGAUCGACUUUCUGGUCUUCUUGUGCCCAGUGGAAGAAACAAGCGCAGUGCCCCUUCGAGGAGGGCACGUUUUGCGGUUCCACUCCUCAAGGGUGUCGAGAAACCACAGAAACUGACAGGAGAAACUGAAGCCAUGGUUGGUCACGAAUCAGAGCCCGAAGCAGAAGCCGAGGCCAAAGCCGAACCGGAAGCCGAAGCCGAGGCUGAAGCAGAAGCAGAGCCAGAGCCGAUCAGCGGCGCGUCGCCCUUCGUGCCACGCGGCGACUUCCACGCCAUGGACUGCACGGACAUCGUGAUCGGCAGCGCCCGGGGGAACCUCUACAGGAUCGGCGACUUCUACACGCGCGACCGCUCCACGCCCCGCUCCGACGAGUUCUGGGGCGGAGACGACUCCCUGACGGCGGCGCUGGGCUGGGAGGAGGACGGGCAGACCACCAUCGUCUUCAGGAGGAAGCUCAACGCCUCCCACCCGACCGACUACCCGAUCACCAACUCCCUGAUGCACGUGAUCUGGGCGCGCGGGCAGGAGCAGGGCAUGUACGUGCACUCGCCCCGCUCCGGCCUGGAGGCGGGCGUCGCCGGCGUGCCCGACUUCUACCGGCCCGACGAGCUCAAGUACCACGGCAAGGCGGGCCAGAGGGGCGUGCUGGCGCUCAACUUCUUGGAGAGGAAGAGCGACCCGACGGCGGCGGCGGAGGAGAUCAACUGGUGCGGCAACCACUGGCGCUACCCGCAGGGCUGCACGGCCGGCCAGGACUGCGAGUACUACGCCCGCUGGGAGUACCUCGAGAAUACCGAUGACAUCAAGUUCACCAUCCAGACCUCGUACACCGACCGCUGGACGGGCAUUGGCUUUUCCGAUAACACAAGAAUGCCCCUGACCGACGCAGUUAUCGGCUGGGUGGAGAACAGCGGCCGUUACUUCAUGUUCGACGCUUGGGUACGUGGGUAUUCGGUGCCCAUCGUCGACCCAUCACAGGGCAUCAAGAACGAGACUGGUAAGAUCGAGGACGGAAUCACGACCAUCAGCUUUUUGAAGAAGAGGACGUCCAAGGACAGUGAAUAUGACUUGAACUUCACGGACGAGAAGUGUCUGUACCUGGUGUUCCCCAUCAAGGGCGGAAUCAUCAACUACGUGUCCAAGAAGAUCCGCAAGCACGAACGCACUCCUGCAUUCUCCACAGAGCGCAUCUGCAUCAGGCCCUGCAGCAAGUUUGGUGGUGCUGAUGGAAAGCCCUUCGUGUACACCACCACGCCUCGUCCGCCUCUGUUGCACUACUCUGUGGAACUGAAGCUGACCAAUGUGGGUGAGAAUUUUGUCGUGCCAGAGCCAGGAACUGUUUCAUGGACAAGCAUCACAGACAGAAUCAAGAGGUCUGUUGAGGGAGCCCUUCAGGAUAUCCCAGGAUACCAGGCAGCAGAAGUGACAAAACUAGUGGAUGAAGGGGAUGGCAAAGUCCUAACAGAACUUCAAGUUGUAUUGGACAAGAACUCCCAUGAAGAGGAACUUGAGGAGAGUGCCCACCCAGAAGGUGAGACAGAAGAAGAGCCCAUGGUGAAGACCGUCUUGCAGAAAUCUGUCAACACUGGAAGUAUAGCUGGCCUCAGCGUCGAUCCCAGCUUCCUCCAAGUCAAUCAGCUGCGAGAGGUCUCUGAAGCCACUAGAGAGGAGAAUGUGACUGGGUUAGCUGGCCAUAACGGGGCUAUCAAAUUCCUUGAAGACCACAAGCUCUGGAUCAUCUUGGGUGUUGUUGGUGCACUCCUCUUGCUCACCAUCAUUCAGGCUUCAAUCACCAUCCACAAAAUCAAGAAAAACAGAAGCCCACCUGUGAGUACCAAGGAACGUCUCAUCACCAACUCGGGAUGGAAGGACUACAGUCAGGGCAACAUGAACUACGCAUAUGACAGCUUUGAGACAGAGGAGAAUGGUGUCAACUCUCGGCGUCAGGGAGCCAAUGGAUCCCUCCGUCCCAGUGCCCCACGGGGCACUUAUGAACGCUCCAAUGGCCACAGCAAUGGCUAUAUGGGGGGCCACAACGGCCAUCCCGGGCACCAUCCGGGUGGCUAUGGAGGGGACACACGCUCCCUUCAGCGCCCUAGAAAUGCACCUCAGAGCAGGCCAGACCCUAGAGGCACUUAUUCUCUCCCACGAGGAUCAACUACAUCAUCGCUGCCCUCAUACAACACCGCCAUGCAGGACAUGACCCCUGACUUCUAUUACCUUCCCUCUCAGCGCAAGUAUUCGGGUGAGGUUGUCCGUGUGUAUGUAGAUUACAACCAGUCCAAAUAAGGCUAUUAAUGGUUGACCUCUUGAUGGGUCAUGUUGAUUGCAAUUUUCUUGGAAAUGAUUUGGUUCACAUCAAUUAGUGAAACUGGUUCUUAAUUUGAUUUUAAUUCCUUUUUAUGAUUUUAUUUGUAUAUUUAGGAGAAAAUGUGUACUAGUACGAGUGGUUAACUUAAAAACAAAGUGGUUUGUGAUGCUUAAUGCCACAUAGCAUUACUUUGCAUGUAGAACCUAGUUGGUGUUUUACAUUGGAGAUUUAUAACUAACAGGAUUUUAUGAAAAGUGCACACAAUAUUUUGUAGAAAAUUUUCAGCUCAUCCUGUAUUGCAGUAAUAGGGCGAGAAAAUGUUCAAGUAUAUUCUUGUUCUGUGCUGAAUAUUCCUUAUACUACUAAGGUUUUAUGUGUAUACUCGGUGCAAAACAAAAGAGUGAUUUAUAUUUCUUGACAACUCUUUGUUGUUAUUUAAAUGGCAAAUGAAUAUUCUACUUUUCUCUCUCAAAAGAAGAGAAAAUUUAAGAGGUAGUUUUCCAGCCAUAGUAGUAUGUUUAUAUUUGUAAAUAUGUAUUAGGAAUGUCAGCAGUUAGUGUUGAUUGAAUUGCAUAUUGUUUUUCAUGAUGGCAAUAUGAACAGACUUAAAUAUUUUAUGGAUAAAUAUUCUAGAUUUUCUUUUUCAUAGUCUUGCUGAAAAAAAUAAAUGAUUUAUUGAUAUAUAUGCUUUACAUCUUUUGCAUGUAUGCUAUGUAUAAACACGUGCUAUCUCUUUUUUUCUUUUUUUAAUAUUUUGGGAAACAAGGAUAUAUAUAUAGCCUUGCCUAUUAUCAUUUCACAACUGAAAGUAGUUGAAAUUGCUCAAAUUAGGGAGUUUGCAAUAUGUGGGACAAAUUAAUUUUUAUUUUGCACAAUAAUGGCAGUUUUACAAACUAAAUCUGUUAGACAAGAAAUGUUGUCUCUUGGUGGUUAUCUAAAGACAAGAAUGUCUGCUGCUGUAUAAUGAUCUACAAUGAAUGAAAUAAACAUCAAAGUCUUUACAACAUAAUGGAAGAGAGAUCAUGCACUUUUUUCUUUCUAAAAGUGAUUUAUUUCUAUAAAGCAGUGGUAAGGAAACCAUCACAGUUCUUUUCUUGUAUGUGCCAUUUUUGUGAUAUACAUUACAACAUAAUCACUUACCAUAAUGGUUUGAAUUUCAAGUUUUUGUAAACUACAAAGUGUAUAUAGGCUCAGUGAUAUGAAUCGAAUAGAACUUUAGUAUGUUCACUGUAUAUAUAUUUUAUAACAGUAAGGUGAACUUGUAGCUGAGAAGAAUAGAAAUGGAAAAUAAGGAAAGACUUGUGUUGCAUAUCUUUUAAAGGUCUCAAUUAUUUUUUGAAAGUUUAGAUAGUUCAAAUUAAAAAAUAUAAAAAAAAGUUCACCUUGCAGUUACUCCAACGAGGGCCAAUCUUUCAAAAUAUACCCAUUAUUUCGUAUUUAUUACAUGAUUUUUAGCAAAUGUUAACAGCCUAGAAGUGGACCAGUGUGUGAGUAGACGUAAGUGUGUGAAGGUUGUGAUAUCUGUUUUAAGCAGCUGUUGUUGAUGUCAUGUACAGGCAUCAACUACAUUUAUUUUUUAUUUUGUUAUAUUGUAUGUUUGUAGGUCAGAUAUGUCCUUUUUUUGCUGUCUUUGGUGACGUAAUGAUUUAUUUGUGAUAGUUCAUUUAUUUUGUAGUGAUUGUCAGCAUUGGUUCUUUAUUUAUUUAUUUUUAUUUAUUUUUUUUUUUCUUUCUUUCUUUCUUUUUUUUACUUUGCUGUUCAUUUUUUUUGUUAAAUGCAGAUAUUUUUGUAAGAGUACUUUUAGGGAGUUUUGUAAUGUGUGAUGCAGAUGUACACCUAUAUUGUGAAUGCAAUAUUUACAAAUAUAUAUAUUUGUAUGAAAAUAACUUCAGUAUAUGCAUAUAUAUAUAUACAUACAAUUCUCUGGAUGGAUGGAUGGAUGAAAGGAUGGAAAGAUGGAUAUGCAGAUAAAACACAAAUUUUUGUACUCUAUGUUUGUCUGUAAUAUAGUUUCUUUUGCCACAACUAAAAUGAUCCAGGUGAUAAUGAAGGCCAGUUGUGCAAUGUUAUUCAAGGUUAAUUUAAGUGUUUGCUGACUGAUGUCCGUGGAAAGACUCGUCUGAACACCUGAAAGGAAUGUAGCAGAUAUUUUGGAGCAGGACGGUUGAGUGUAUAAGAACCACAAUAUUGAAUAGGCCUCUUUCUGAGAUCUUGGUUUAUGAUCUCUUUUAAAUGACUACUGAUUUUUUUUGUAAUCAUUUCUAUAUUUAGAAUCUUCAUUUACCUCAGGUUAUUUUGACAGUAAUCUGUGUUUAUAUAUAUAUAUAUA